ACAAACAUUUUUGGUGUUUAUUUGUAUUUUCUCCAUAUAGUCAUUUUGGGAGUAUCUCAAAAGUGUGUAGUAUUAUAUAUUAAAAAAAAAAAAUGGGAAGAACACCUUGUUGUGAGAAAGUAGGUCUUAGGAAAGGGAGAUGGACUAAAGAAGAAGAUGAAAUCCUCACUAACUACAUUCUUGCUAAUGGUGAAGGCUCUUGGAGGUCAUUACCCAAAAAUGCAGGGUUACUAAGAUGUGGAAAGAGUUGUAGACUGAGAUGGAUUAAUUAUUUGAAAACUGAUUUGAAGAGAGGUAAUAUAACCUCUGAUGAAGAAGCUAUUAUCAUCAAAUUGCGUGCAACUUUGGGUAACAGGUGGUCUGUAAUAGCAGAAUAUUUACCAGGUAGAACGGAUAACGAAAUAAAAAACUAUUGGAAUUCUCGUUUGAGUCGAAAAGUAGAAAGUUUAAGAAUUCCAAGCGAUGAAAAAUUGCCACUAGCUGUUGUCGAAAUGGCGAAAAAUAAAGGAAUACAAGAACAAAUAGUCAAACGACAAAGACGAAAAAGAAAAGCCGAUUCAAAUUUCAUGACUGAAACUUCAGUUUCUACAUCAAGUUGCUAUAAUAAUAAUAAUAACAACAACAACAACAACGACGAUGUUGUUUUGAUGGACGAUAAGGAUGCAGAACUGGAUCAAGAUUUUAUUUUUAAUUGUUUAUGGGAUUGCGAAGGAGAAGAUCUUGAAAUAGUCGAAAACAACAGCAACAAUAAUAAUGAAGUAUUGAGUAAUGAUAAUUAUGAUCAACUUGAUUGUUGGAAUUGGGAACAAUUAGAUGAAAUAUUGGCAAAUGAAGAAGCAACAAGACAAGAGAUUGAUAAUAAUAUGUCACAUAUUUCAUUAUUUGACAUUAAUGACAAUGUGCAAAAUUGCAUGAACCAACAAGAAGUACCAAUAGAAAAUGUUCAUCCCAUGCAAAGUGAUUUGGUAGCAUGGCUUUUGUCUUAAUUAUUUUUGGAAGUACUAUGUAUUAUAUUUAAGGAAUGUGGUCUAUUGAAGAAUUUUGUCUAUUUUACUCUUUUCAAAUUCCUCUUAUUAA